UUGAUAGUUUCAAUAUGGCUAGAGGAAACAUUAUUUUUCUUGUAUUUGUCUGUUUUCUGUCAUGCCUUUUGGUGUCUGCCAAACGACCACACAUUGUCUUUAUUGUUGCUGAUGAUUUAGGAUUCAAUGAUGUGGGUUUUAGAAAUCCUGAUAUGAUAACACCUAAUAUAGAUAAAUUAGCUAAUGCAGGUGUUAUAUUUGAUUCAGCCUACGUUUUGCCGGUUUGUAGCCCAUCAAGAUCAGCAUUUAUGUCAGGUAUAUAUCCAUUCAAAACUGGAUUGCAGCAUAUAGUUAUCGGACCAAAGCAAAAUGUGUGUCUUCCUUUAAACCUAACAAUACUGCCCCAACAGUUAAAAAAAGUUGGUUAUGCCACGCAUAUAAUAGGAAAAUGGCAUCUUGGUUUCUGUAACUGGAACUGUACACCAACUUACCGAGGUUUUGAUUCAUAUUUAGGGUAUUAUAAUGCUGAUGAAGAUUACUAUAAACAUACUAUUGGUGGGUAUUAUGAUCUUCAUGACAAUGAAACUCCUGGUUGGAAUUUCAAUGGUAAAUAUUCUGCUUAUUUCUUCGCCGAGAGAGCUCAACAGAUAAUAACUAACCAUAACGCAGAACAGCCUUUAUUUAUGUAUCUACCAUUCCAGAAUGUACAUGCUCCUAUUGAGGUACCUCCAAAGUAUGCUAAUAUGUAUCCGUAUGUCAAGAACUGGGGAAGGCAAAAUUUCUGUGGUAUGGUAACUAUAUUAGAUGAAGCUAUUGGUAAUAUAACACAAACACUUAAAGAUAAAGGAAUGUAUGAAGAUACACUUAUAUUAUUGACAGCUGAUAAUGGCGCUGAGCUGAUUGCAUAUGGAAAUAACUGGCCCCUAAGAGGAGGAAAACACACAUUAUGGGAAGGUGGCACAAGGGCGACGUCUUUCAUGUCAGGGUAUGGUUUACAAAAAACUGGCAUUACACAUACUGGGUAA